AUGCUUUUUAUUCCCGUCGGUGUUGGAUCGAACUCUGGAAACUCCUUUGAGGUGGCAGAGCUUUUAAAGCGCAAUCUACAAGAAUUGAGAAUAAAACCCGCCACAAAUAUCGUACAAGAAGAGCUUAUUCAGAAAACUAGCCAAAAUAGCAUGGGCAAAGAAGGACAAAUGAUAUCUAAUAAUAGGAAUACAUUGGACAGCAGGCCAAAUACCGAAAAAGUAAGUGAAGCCAAGACAACAAGCAGUAUUGUAGAGAAAAAAGAAGAAAUCAGUAAAAAUUGUAUAAUAUCCAUAUUUGAUAUGGACUCCUUGGAUGUGUCAGAUAUACUCACAGGAGGGCUUGUAAUAUUUGUAUGCUCCACAACGGGGGAUGGAGAUGCACCAUAUAACAUGCAGAGAUUCUGGAAAGAGUUGAAGAGGAAGAGUUGGAAUAAUGCGUUUGAGUUCUACUUUGCAGUGAUUGGUCUAGGAGAUUCUUCAUACCCAAAAUACAAUUAUGCUGCCAAAAGACUAUUUAAUAGACUGAAGCAAGUGGGCGGGAUCCCUCUGUGCGAAAGAUGUGACUGCGAUGAAAUGGAUCCAAUGGGCAUAUACAGUGCGUAUAUUCCAUGGAUAGAAAGUCUAAAAGCUGCAAUUCUUUCAAAAUACAAGGAAAUAGCUAGAAAUAAAAAAGAAGUAUAUUCUAGCAGUAAUAGCAGCAACAAACAGUCUCUGUGCACGGGAACAUAUCUUGGAAAAAAGAAAGUUUCACCAUUAUCAGACCCAAAAACAUUUCAAAUAUUUGGUGAGGAUUCUAUGCCCACAACUGAGUAUGACCAAAAUUUGAAUAGCUAUGGGUCAAUGUAUUCUUCUGUAUAUGAGUAUCUGUUUGCUGUAGAUAAGAAGGAGUAUGGCUAUACAGUUGGCGAUGUUCUGGCAAUAACCCCAGAGAAUGCGUGCUAUCAAAAGGUCUCUUCAAAGAUAUUCUUUGAUGAUGUCAAUCAUAUUAGUAGACACACUGACUAUCAGUCUAUUCCCAUGCACCAUCAUAUACAAACGAUUUACCAAAUGGUAGAGGAAAAAAAGAAUGCACAAAUUAUGUGCGAUGAGGAGCUUAAAGAUCUAUACUUAGAUAAACUUAAGAGUAUAAGCGAGUCGUAUGAUUUGUAUUAUUCAUAUGUGUUAAAACCCAAAAAGUCAUUUAAAGAUGUUUUGAUUGAUUUCUAUAUAAAAAUAUCAGUUAAUUCACAACUAAUUAGAAAAAUACUUCCCAGGUAUUAUACAAUAAGUAAAAGAGAGGGAAAUAUUUAUAGCAUAACAUCUGGCAGAAUAAAAAUGAAGCACUAUAAAAAAGAGAUACUUGGUGUAUGUUCUGAGUAUUUGGCGCACUUAAAAGAAGGAUGCUCUGUCUCUGUUGAUAUUAAAAAGAGCCAACUUUUAGUAGAGGGGGAUAUUUUUAUUGUAUGCACAGGAACAGGAAUUGCUCUGGGAAGAACAAUAAUGAACGAAUACUUAAUGGGGCGCCUCCCUGAUGUGCACAGUCUUUCCAUUCUAUUUGGAUUUCGUUCUUUGUUUUUAGACUGUCUUCACUUAAAUGAACUAUUGCAGAAUAAAGAAAUAGAAAUAAUUGUAAAAAGUCAGUGCGCAUAUGUGCACAAUAAACUAUCAGAUAGAAAUAUAGAUGUGUUUCUAGCACCAUCUCGUAUAAAAGAGCUCUCUGCCUUUUUGACAGCACAUGGCAAAUCUCCAGGUGACAUACGCACUAAAAACUAUAUUGACAGCAUAUUAGAAAUACUUGACAGAAAAGAACUAGAAAAGAAUAUAAUUUUAUGCGGAGGAGUACGCCUAGUAAAAACAAUCCCAAAGAUACUUACAAAGAUAAUGAAUAGAGUGAUUAAACCACAAAGUGAGUGUUGGUGAUAUAUUAUAACUUUUAGAGUAAUAUUCACUUUCUCUUUAAUUAUUAGGCCCA